AUGAAGAGUGUUUGUGAGGAGUAUAUAAGAUUAAAUGAUGUGAAUUCACUGUUUGAGUGGAUGAACGACAGUGAGUUGAACUGUAAUGAAUUUUGGUCAUUGGUUAGUGGAAAUAGUAAUUACAGGACAUUCAUUUGUGAGAAUGUUUAUUUUUUGUAUUUUGGAAAACUCAAAAUGAAUUUGAGUGUUUUUCAAGAUGAGGACUUGAACCUGGUGGCGACAACAUUGGGGCCUGGGUCAGUUUACUCUGAAGGAAAAGUGAAUGGUGUGAAGGAAGAGUUUUUGGAAAUUAAAUGGUACAAAAGACCGGUGAAUUUUAUGGAAUUUUAUCGAGAAGCCUGUGAAGGUGUUGAUGUGGACUUGGCCUUCGGGUCAAUAAUGCAAAUCCUUGCCCACUCUGGUGAAGAUUUUUACUCCUUAUUGAUUAUUCUCACUGGGGUUAUUGUUAGAACUGAAAGGGGGACUUCUUCAUUAAUAACAAGUAGUCUAGUGUCGAUAUUGGAGUAUAUUAAGGGGAGAAAAGGGAUUAGGGUGGAACCCCUGGUCCAAUUUCUAGAGUCGGUUUGGGAAACUAAAGAUGAGCAAGAUAAACAUGGUGUAGCUUCCUCCUCCCUCAUUUCCUUUUCAACAAAUCUAAUUUCUCGGUUUUAUGCCUCUAAACUUCUACAGUUGGAUGGAGAUUCUGGGCCUUUAAGCCUAGCAAACCUUGUUUGUAAACACAACAAUGAUAUUUACAGGUGGGUUGGCUCUAUGUCGACAAUGCAAUCUGAACCAGUCUGUGGGCCUCUGGAUACAGUUCCACUCCAUGAUGCAGUUUGUCUUUUCGUAUUAUUAAAGGAUGACAGGAGUAAUGUCCCUAGAGUUUAUUCUCUGAAGACAAUAGCCUUUAUGGUUUUCAAACUCUCAAAUGUUUUUCUUUCAAAUCAAAACAAAUUAACCAUUGACUCGGCUAAUUUAGGACUUAGAUUCUUGGAAAAGGAGGCGAACUGUACUAAUUCGGAGUCUAUAAGGGACAUUAACACAUUCCCAUGGUACCCUAUAGGAUAUUUAUCAGCAUUGUUAGAUUCAGAAAGUGAAGAAUGGAAAAGGGAAGAAACCGCUGAAAUCUUUAAAGCUGUUUUAUCACAGUGUUCGGCAAGUGUCAAGUUACACAUCCUGAAGGGAGUUGUCAAAUUUGUAAAAUCUGAACUCGGGACCUCAAUUUCACUCAUGGAAUGUAAAAAUACAGUAUGUAACAUAAAUAACGCUGUUAAUAGUGUGGAUAGUAGUGAUAAUGUGAAUAAAAAAUCUCUUAGAAGUAGCGAGAAUGUUUAUGAUGAGGAAGAAUAUUUUAUUUUUGUAAAGAAUGUGUUGGAUUCGUAUUUCGGUGGCGAAUUGGUGAGAUGUUUUGGUGAUUCCGUGCUUGAUUCUUUGUCGAUCGUGUUGAACUGGAUUAAAUUUUUACUAUUGUCAAAAAAUUGUUUAUUUAUCAAAAAAAACGUUAAGAUUUGCUAUUUGCAGAUAUUGACUGAAUUGUAUAGUAAAUUGAAAGAAGAAUACGAAACACUAGGUAAAUCUUCCCAUAAGCUACACAUCUCAGGUGUAUCAUUAAAUAAACUCGAUUUAAUCAAGAUGAUAUUUACAGAAGUGCUUGAUUUACUAAAAUAA